AUGACGGCCCCGCCCCGCAUGACGGCCCCGCCCCGCAUGACGGCCCCGCCCCGCAUGACGGCCACGUCCCCCAUGGCGGCCCCGCCCCGCAUGACGGCCCCCGCCCCGCAUGACGGCCACGUCCCCCAUGGCGGCCCCGCCCCGUACGACGGCCCCGCCCCGCAUGACGGCCACACCCCGCAUGACGGCCCCGCCCCGUACGACGGCCCCGCCCCGCAUGACGGCCCUGUCCCCCAUGACGGCCCCGCCCCGCACGACGGCCACGUCCCCCAUGACGGCCCCGCCCCACACGACGGCCCCGCCCCGCACGACGGCCCCGCCCCGCACGACGGCCAUGUCCCCCAUGACGGCCCCGCCCCGUACGACGGCCACGUCCCCAUGACGGCCCCGCCCCGCACGACGGCCCCGCCCCGCACGACGGCCAUGUCCCCCAUGACGGCCCCGCCCCGUACGACGGCCCCGCCCCGCAUGACGGCCACGCCCCGUACAACGGCCCCGCCCCGCAUGACGGCCCCGCCCUGCACGACGGCCACGUCCCCCAUGACGGCCCCGCCCCGCAUGACGGCCCUGCCCCGCAUGACGGCCUCGCCCCGCAUGACGGCCCCGCCCUGCACGACGGCCACGUCCCCCAUGACGGCCCCGCCCCGCAUGACGGCCCUGCCCCGCAUGACGGCCUCGCCCCGCAUGACGGCCCCGCCCCGCAUGACGGCCACGUCCCCCAUGACGGCCCCACCCCGCAUGACGGCCCCGCCCCGCAUGACGGCCCUGUCCCCCAUGACGGCCCCGCCCCGCAUGACGGCCACGUCCCCCAUGACGGCCCCACCCCGCAUGACGGCCCUGUCCCCCAUGACGGCCCCGCCCCGCAUGACGGCCCCGUCCCCCAUGACGGCCCCGCCCCGCACGACGGCCUCGCCCCGCAUGACGGCCCUGUCCCCCAUGACGGCCCCGCCCCGCAUGAAGGCCCCGCCCCGCAUGACGGCCACGUCCCCCAUGACGGCCCCACCCCGCAUGACGGCCCCGUCCCCCAUGACGGCCCUGUCCUCCAUGACGGCCCCGCCCCGCAUGAAGGCCCUGUCCCCAUGA